CUUCAUGUGAACAUUAUCCUGCUGAUACAGACGUCUUUGUACCUUCUCCGAGGAAUAACUGUGAGAUCGUUAUCAGAAUGGACAUGAUGGAAAUCGACGACGACGUAUAUAUAAAUAAGAACCUCACAUUGGAGGGCCUCGUUACCAAAGUGGAUUUUCACAGAAGAAAGAAGCCCUCUAGAUGUGUGACCGUGUGUCUUGGAUUACUGUGUGCUCUCCUGUUGGCUGGCAACAUCGGACAGUUUAUCUACUAUGAGGUAUUCAGCCAUCACCGGUCAGAAGACACAACACAGGCCAGCUACAUUCAAGGAGAUCAACUGCAGAGCCGUUAUGAUGCUUUAACUGCAGAGAGAAAAGAGUUAGAGGACAGCCUGACUAACCUGACAACAGAAAAAGACCAGUUGCAGCAAAGUUACGACACCUUAAAACAAGACAGCGAUCAGUUACAGUCUGAUCACAAUGAUGUGAAAGCAAGCAAAGACCAGCUGCAGACCAAUUACAACAACCUGCAAAGAGAAAAAGACCAGUUGCAGCAAAAUUACGAUUCUUUGACUGCCGAAACACAUGAGUUCAAGGCCAGUUUUAACAAUCUAAAAAAUGAAUGGGACCAGUUACAAGCAAGUUACAACACCUUGAAACAGGACAAUGAUCAGUUACAGACAAGUCACAAUAAUCUGACAGUGAGCUAUGACCAGCUACAGACCAAUUACAGCAACCUGCAGAGAGAAAGAGACCAGUGGCAGAAAAGUUACGAAGACUUAAGACAAAGCAAAAAUCAACUAGAGAGAAGCUGUUAUGACAUGCAGAUGAAUCUCGACAGGUUACAGACAAAUCACAAUGAACUGACAUCAAGUAACAAAGUGCUACAGAACACAUACAGUAAACUGCAGAGAGAAAGAGAUGAGCUACUGACUACGUUCUUUACGCUGAGAGCAAACAGAGAUCAGUUACAGAACAAUUACACUUCACUAAAAAGGAACAACGACCAGCUGCAAAGAACCUACGAUACACUAAGCACAAGUAAAAAUCUCCUUGACAUCAGCUACACUUCACUGUGGAAAGACAAACAACAGCUGCAAACCCGUUAUAAUACUCUGAGGAGGGAAAAUCAGCAGUUACAGACCAAUUACAGCAGUUUGAUCACAAUCAGAGAUCAGUUAGACAAGAAGAUCAACAAAGUAACAGCUAAACCCUGUCAGGCGGGCUGGAGGAGGUUCGAAAUCAGCUGUUACUUUGUCUCAACUUUGACGAGAAACUGGACGUUGAGCAGAAACGCCUGCAUCACAGAGGGCGCCGAUCUGGUCGUCAUAGACAGCAGAGAGGAACAGGAAUUUGUCAACGGGUUACUGCAAGUAGACCAAAAUGCCUGGAUUGGUCUGACUGACAGUCUUGAGGAGGGGACUUGGAUGUGGGUGGACGGGACCCCACUCACGACAGGGUUCUGGCAACCCGGGCAGCCUAACAGCUUCAACGGGAACCAGGACUGUGGGGAAAUUGUGCAGAAAUCAGUGGGAGUGGGAGAAUGGAACGAUGACGGCUGUUUUUCUCAACAGUUGUGGAUCUGUGAGAAAUGAGAUCACAGUUAUUUACACAGUGGCUUUGGACUGUGGUCCUAACUAGGGAUGGGUAUCGUUUGGAUUCUGCCAAUACUACUACUCUUACCGAUACUGCUGAUCGAUCUGGUACUUCAACAGUACUCUUAUCGGCUCUUUUGUUUUUUUUAUUAAUACAAAAAAAAAGAAACAAAUUAAGAACAGAAUUAACAUUGCAUUUUCUAUGUAUGUAAGUGCAUUAACAUCCUGCUACAGCAUUGUUUGGAAUUUAAUUUCACUUUUUAAUUUUGUAUAUAGAGCCCAAUAUCACAAAUCACAAUUUACCUCAGAGGGUUUUACAGCACAUGACAUCCCUCUGUCCCUGGACCCUCACAGUGGAUAAGGAAAAACGCAGAAACCUGAAUAAAUUACUACUAUAGACUAGGACAUACUCGAGGUGGACGGGGUAAUGGGAGAUGAACUACGAGCUAGGUGGUUGAAAACAGUGCAUUUCUCUGUCUAUACGUGGCGUAAUUUUGCUAGAUGUUUCAUAAGAUUGCUCAUGUUUCUGCCCUCACAUGCAAAGGAGUUGUUGAGUAUAACCAAACAUACUCUCUCUGCCAUUGUCACUGAGUGCAGGGCCUCUGAUGCAGAACAUUGUUAACAAUUUUAUAAAUGUACUGUUUAGCCGAUGCUUAAUGUUGGAUGUAAUGAAAUAUGAAUCACUUUAGAUAUGUUUGCAAAUUACCGUGUGUGAUUAACGCAUAAAACUGAAAAUUACAAAUAAUGUAAGUUACAAAAUGUGCAUUGUAUUAAUGAUUUACUGAACCACUGUAAUGAUUACAUGACACUGGCAGAAAUGACUCUGACAUAUGUGCUGAAAAUGUCUGAUCUGUUUCACCCAAGUUAUCUUGUAAAUUAGAAAUAUAUUUACUCCUUCUCUGAGAUUGAAAAGUACAGAAUCUAAAUAUGGAUGUGCAAAUAUUGAUUUUUUAUUUUUUAUUUUUUUAUUUUUUUUAGUUUAACUACAAAUGUUCCCUCCCUCAGCAGAUGAAUGUGAAAACAGUCUUGUAGUGAAACACUUAAUCACACAUCCCUCUGCACAGUGAGCGUAAAACAUCUAACUUAAGAAGAAACAAAACAUGUUUCUGAAUGAAACAGGACUUUAAGUGAUAUCUUUAUACAUCAUGGUGAAGGGUACAUGUAAGUAAAGCAUUUAAUCAUGUAAGUUAAAGGAGAGUCAUACAAAAAACAAGAAUACAUCAAAAACAGCACAACUGGGAUCGGGACAGAAAAUGGUAUUAGAAGGAACUUUAACUUGUGCAUCCCUAUACACAUUUUUGUGUAUUUUGGGUUUUGAUUGUGCGAUUAUUUUGCCUGUGUUCCUGCAUAUGGUGUGAUUUCAAGGUCAACUUUAAUUUAACCCUUUAAUUCACUGUAUAAAAAAAAAUACUGCCUAAUCUAUCCCUGGACACAUUUUUGUGCUCAUUGACUUCCAU